GUCCGUCUGUUUGUUUCCUGUCGGAAGCAUGAAGUAGCUACCAACAGACAACGGGCGCAACAUUUCUUAUAGUUUUUUUUUUUUUAUAAAUCUAAACUUCAAGUGGAUUUUCCCUCAAGUCAAGAUGUCUCGGGGCUCUAUCGAGAUCCCUCUACGGGACACGGAUGAGGUUAUCGAGCUCGACUUUGACCAGCUGCCAGAAGGAGACGAGGUCAUCAGUAUCCUGAAGCAGGAGCAUACGCAGCUGCACAUAUGGAUCGCUCUGGCGUUGGAGUAUUACAAACAGGGCAAAACGGAGGAUUUUGUCAAGCUGUUAGAGGCCGCUCGUAUUGAUGGAAACCUCGACUACAGAGACCACGAGAAGGACCAGAUGACGUGUCUGGACACAUUGGCGGCGUAUUAUGUCCAGCAAGCACGUAAAGAGAAAAACAAAGAUGCCAAGAAGGAGCUCAUCACGCAGGCCACGCUGCUCUAUACUAUGGCAGACAAGAUCAUCAUGUAUGAUCAGAACCAUUUGUUGGGACGAGCCUGUUUCUGCCUGCUGGAGGGAGACAAGAUGGACCAGGCCGAUGCUCAGUUCCACUUCGUCCUCAAUCAGUCCACCAACAACAUCCCUGCUUUGCUUGGUAAGGCCUGCAUCUCCUUCAAUAAAAAGGAUUACAGAGGAGCACUGGCAUAUUACAAAAAGGCUCUACGUACGAACCCCGGCUGCCCAGCUGAGGUACGGCUGGGGAUGGGCCACUGCUUUGUCAAACUCAACAAACUGGAGAAGGCUCGUUUGGCUUUUGGUCGAGCCCUAGAGCUGAACUCCAAGUGUGUGGGAGCUCUCGUCGGUCUGGCGGUUUUAGAGCUCAACAACAAGGAGGCAGAUUCCAUCAAGAACGGAGUGCAGCUCCUGUCUCGGGCCUACACCAUCGACCCCAGCAACCCCAUGGUGCUCAACCACCUUGCCAACCACUUCUUUUUCAAAAAGGAUUACAGCAAAGUGCAGCAUCUGGCCCUCCACGCUUUCCAUAACACCGAGGUCGAGGCCAUGCAAGCGGAGAGCUGCUACCAGUUAGCUCGCUCAUUUCAUGUGCAGGAGGACUACGACCAAGCGUUUCAGUAUUACUACCAGGCCACUCAGUUUGCCUCCUCUACCUUUGUGUUGCCAUUCUUUGGCCUGGGACAGAUGUAUGUGUAUCGAAGAGACAAAGAGAACGCGGCACAGUGCUUUGAGAAGGUUUUAAAGGCCUACCCCAACAACUACGAAACUAUGAAAAUUCUGGGGUCUCUCUACGCAACAUCCGAGGAUCAGGAAAAGAGAGACAUCGCCAAAGGUCAUUUGAAGAAAGUAACAGAGCAGUACCCAGACGAUGUGGAGGCGUGGAUCGAGCUGGCUCAGAUCCUGGAGCAGACUGACAUUCAAGGAGCGCUGUCCGCGUACGGCACAGCCACCCGCAUCCUGCAGGAGAAGGUGCAGGCCGACGUUCCCCCCGAGAUCCUCAACAACCUGGGGGCUCUUCACUUCAGACUGGGCAACCUUGGAGAGGCCAAGAAAUACUUUCUUGCAUCUCUCGAGCGGGCCAAAGCCGAAGGAGAGCAUGACGAGCAUUACUACAACGCCAUUUCUGUCACCACCUCCUACAAUCUGGCCCGCCUGUACGAGGCAAUGUGCGAAUUCCACGAAGCUGAGAAACUUUACAAAAACAUCCUGAGAGAGCAUCCUAACUAUGUGGACUGUUAUUUGCGUCUUGGAGCCAUGGCUCGCGACAAAGGAAAUUUCUACGAAGCUUCUGACUGGUUCAAAGAAGCCCUGCAGAUUAAUCAGGAUCAUCCGGACGCCUGGUCCCUGAUAGGGAACCUUCACUUGGCCAAACAGGAAUGGGGUCCGGGUCAAAAGAAGUUUGAGCGUAUUCUGAAGCAGCCGUCCACGCAGAACGACACCUACUCCAUGCUGGCUCUGGGUAACGUGUGGCUGCAGACUCUGCACCAGCCAACCAGAGACAGAGAAAAGGAAAAGAGACACCAGGAUCGAGCCCUGGCGAUAUACAAACAAGUCCUGCGAAAUGACUCCAAGAACCUCUAUGCUGCCAAUGGCAUCGGUGCCGUCCUGGCCCACAAGGGCUACUUCAGAGAGGCUCGUGACGUGUUUGCGCAGGUGAGGGAGGCAACAGCAGACAUCAGUGACGUCUGGCUAAACCUGGCUCACAUCUACGUCGAACAGAAGCAGUACAUCAGUGCUGUGCAGAUGUAUGAGAACUGCCUGAAGAAAUUUUACAAAUAUCAGAACACGGAGGUGCUGCUGUACCUCGCAAGGGCGCUCUUCAAAUGUGGGAAACUCCAAGAGUGCAAGCAGAUGCUGCUGAAGGCCCGCCACGUGGCGCCCAGCGACACGGUGCUGAUGUUCAACGUGGCCCUGGUGCUUCAGAGACUGGCAACUCUUGUGCUGAAAGAUGAGAAGAGCAACUUGAAGGCUGUACUCAGUGCUGUCAAAGAGCUGGAACUGGCUCACAGGUAUUUCAGUUACCUCAGCAAGGCCGGAGACAAGAUGAGGUUUGACCUCGCUCUUGCUGCCUCUGAGGCCAGGCAGUGCUCUGACCUGCUGAGUCAGGCUCAGUACCACGUGGCAAGAGCCAGAAAGCAGGAUGAGGAGGAGAAGGAGCUUCGGGCCAAACAAGAACAGGAGAGGGACCUGCUGCGUCAGCAGAUGAUGAAAGAACAGGAGGCAAAACGGAGCAGAGAGGUGGAGGAACAGAAAAAGCUCCUGGAGCAGAGAGCACUGUACGUGGAGAAGACCAAGAACCUGCUCACCUUUGCAGAGGGAUCAAAGGAAAUGGCGAAAGAAAAGAAGAAGGGAGGCGGUGGUGGUGGACGUCGCAAGAAAGGAGACAUGGAUGAGUUUGUCAACGAUGACUCUGAUGAGGACCUGCCACUGAGGAAGAAGAAGAAAAGAAAGGGCGGCAGUGGCAGUGAGCAGGAGGAGGGCGAGGACGGAGAGAAGAAGUCGCGCAAGAAGAGGAGGAGACCUGCCAGAGGAGGAAAUGACAGUGAUGAUGAGGAAGGAGGAUCACGACCCAAGAAGCAACGUAAACCCAAAGAACGCAAGAGGAUUGAAAAGUCCCAGCCUGAGCGUCUGCCACCGUCUCUUAAAGGAAAGAUCAAGUCUAAGGCCAUCAUCUCGUCUUCUGAGUCCUCUUCAGAUGAGGAUGGGUUGAAAAUAGCUGAAGACAGACACCAAAGAGACAGCGGCUCGGGGUCCGAUGAAGAGGGCGGAGGACACAGGAAGCGCAUUGCGUCCGACAGCGAGUCAGAUGGAGGAAGGAACCGCUCUGGCAGCGAGGCGGGCAGCCCGGCGGGCAGCCCGGCAGGCAGCCCGGCAGGCAGCCCUCGGCGCUCUGCAGUCUCAGAGGAUGACGACUCUGGCAGCGACCGUCCAGUGAAGAAGAGGAGGGUGCAGCGGCAGUCCGACUCAGAGCAGUCAGACAACGAGAGCAAGAGGAGUCGGUCGGGAUCGGACGACGAGUCCCGGCGCGGUUCGCCCGUUGCGGCGUCUGACCGAGGAUCAGACAGGGCAUCGGAAGCGGGAUCAGACAACGAGGGCUCCCCGCGCCGCUCUGACAACGGCUCUGAACCUGAAGGCUCCAACAACGAGGACGACAGUGAUUAAAUCUUCCUCACAGACUCGUCCCACGUAAUGAUGAGAAAACUCUCCACACUUGCGUUUCUUAUUUUCUAUUAAAAGCAGGGAUUUCUGUCCGUAUAUCUUGGAGAUGGCUAGAAGAGGUUGUAGAUUGUUGUUUUUUUGGCACAGUGUUACGGUGUAUUCCUCACUCCUGGUGUGGAAUUGUCUUCACAGAUGCUGUUUUGUUAAACAUGAAAUGAUUUGAAGUGAACUAAAAAGGUGUAAAACCUCUAUUUUCUAUCUCAGAUGGUCAGACACUGACACAAAAAUGGGAAGAUGCUUCAACAAACUGUCAAAUUAAAAAGAGAGAACAAGUAUUGUGUAAGAUGUGGAUCCUCUGCUUCUGUAUCAUAUUAUGGAGCCAAUAGAAAAAUGAUGUCAACUUUGUUUUUUGCUGAUAAUGAUUCUUUUGUGUCCAUUCUAACUUUUGUCAAAGUAAAAAGACUUUAGCAGCAAACUUCAA